AUGAUCAUUUAUCCUAUAUAUAUGGGCGUUAUUUUGUGUGGACCAAGUUUAGCAUUGAGCCAAAUAACUGGUUUGAGCCUUUGGAUGAUUGUGGGAUUUGCUGGAGUGAUUUGUACGUUUUAUACAAGUAUUGGUGGAAUGAAAGCUGUAAUUUGGGCAGAUGUUAAACAAACUGUUAUGAUGUUCCUUGGAGUUAUGCUAUCCAUAGUUUUCGGUUUUAUGGAUGCUGGUGGAAUCGAAAAAGUAUUCAAAACGGCAAUUCAAGGAGAUAGACUGAAUUUGAUCAAUUUUUAUAUUAGUCCUUUCAUUCGGUACAUAUUCUGGAAUAUUACUUGUGGAGGUGGUCUUUAUUUUACAGCAGCAAUUGCAUGCCUUCAAAUUCAAGCACAACGAUUUCUCUGCGUAAAAGAUCUCCGAUCAGCGAAAAAAGUUGCUUGGAUCAAUUGUUUCCAGUUUAUCUUCAUGCUCUUCCUUACUGCAUGUGUCGGACUCUUGCUUUACAGCAAGUAUCAAAGUUGUGAUCCAUUACAAGCAAAGAUCAUAUCGAAAGCUGAUCAAUUAUACCCAUUGUUUGUUACUGAAACUUUGGGUAAAAUUCCUGGUUUAACUGGCAUUUUCAUCAGUUGUAUCCUAAACGCAUCCUUAAGCUCAAUAUCAAGUGGAAUCAAUAGUAUAGUUACGGUCAUGGUUGAAGAUAUUUAUAAACGAAUUAAAACAUCUUCGACAAUAUCCGAUCAACAGCAGACGAUUAUUUCUAAAGUUGUAUCUUAUCUGAUGUCGCAUAUGGGAAAUCAUGUGCUUGUGAUUGUAUUCCAAAUUGCUGGAUCAUUUGCAGCGCCGAUCCUUGGUAUUUAUCUUGUCGGCUUUUUUCUUCGACGUGUGAAUAGCCGGAGCAUCUUAAUUGCAUUUUUUCUGUGCUUAAUAUUUCAAAUGUGGACUUUGAUCGGGUCGACUUUGGCAAUAAAACAACGGGUUAGAAGUGAUGGCCGAUUGAGUUUAUCAAUUCAAGAAUGCUCGCCUCCAUUGAACAUAACUCGGUCAACAAGGAUAAAUGAAAAUACUGCUGAACAGAAUUUUUUCCUACCUCUAUAUUCAAUGUCAUUUCUGUGGUACAACGUGAACGGCGUUGUCUUGGUAGUCGUUCUUUCUUAUUUUGUAUCGUUAACAUGUCGUGUGAAAGAUUCACAAUCCGUCGAUGAGCAACUGUUAAUAUCAUGGAGAAAUCUUUUUAUCUGUUCUUCAGAAAGACAGGACGACAAGCAAGUAAACGAUCCAGAACUCAAUGAGUCAAUGUUAUCUUCGAAAUAA